AUGGCGGCAGAUCGCGAUGACUUCACAGACAGCACAGACUGGCUUCAAACUCCCCUCGCCGCCCUCGCGCCCCUCGACUCCUCGCUGCGAUGUCAAGUGUGCAAGGACUACUUCACAACUCCGAUGAUGACCAGCUGCUCCCAUACCUUCUGUAGCCUUUGUAUACGAAGAUGUCUUUCUCAGGAAGGAAGAUGCCCGGCGUGUCGAGAGGCGGAUCAGGAAAUCAAGUUGCGGAGAAACUGGGCCGUCGAAGAAAUGGUUGCUCAUUUCACUGCGUCGCGCAAAGGUCUCCUUGCUUUUGCGACGGCGAGUUUGGUGAAGGAAAGAGAGCGGGAUGAUGACAACGAGUCUCAGAGACCGAAGAAGAGGCGGAAAGUGGCACCAGACCCGCUAAGCAACGGUAUUGAAAGACGAAGUACACGAAGUCAGAGUAGGAGAAUUGCCUCGGAUGCCGCCAGUCAACAGAGCCUGGCCUCGACCCAGGAAGUCAUAGAUGACAGUGAGGAGGAGGGAAGUGUUUACGAAGACCCGGACAGCCACAAGAGCCCACACUUCCUCAACGGUAAUGGCAAUCCUGAGCCGCAGGAUGGCCUCGUUCAGUGUCCCUGUUGCCACCAGCGAAUGAAAGAAGCAGCCAUAAAUUCGCAUCUCGAUAAAUGCAUACAAGGCGACAGCCACACCCCAGUCGACGACGUUGGAUCCUCGUCUUCUCCUGCUCCACCAUCAAAUUCCAAACAUGUUGCACCACCAGGCACCAUCGCUUAUGCACAGAGAAAGCCCUCCAAACAACAGGAGCGGCUGCCGUUCAUCAACUACUCCCUUCUCAGCGACAACGCGUUGCGGAGAAAGUUACGAGACCUGGGUAUUCCUGAUUGGGGCUCCAAAGAUCUUAUGCGCAGACGCCACACCGAGUGGGUGAAUCUGUGGAACGCCAAUUGCGAUUCCACUCACCCUGUCACGAAAAGAGAAUUGCUCCGAGAGUUGAAGAUCUGGGAGGAUACCCUAGGACGACAGCUGGAGAAGUCGUCAAAUACGGGGUUUAUGGCAAAGGAUUUUGACAGAGAGCGCCAUGUGAAGACCCAGAAAAGCAAUUUCGACGAUCUGAUACGGCAGGCCAGGGCGAGGAAAGCGAAAGGAUCGGAGGCACAAACGUCAUCUACAGUAGAGGACCCAACACCAGAGCCCGUUCCACAAGAUCUAGCAGAGACCACGGCUCCCAUGGAUCUUCCUGGGGUUGGCCCAGCACCUUGGAUGGGCCCAAAUGACGCUGAAGCAACGCCAGGUCUUGAGAAUACAGUCCAAAUACAAGGACAAAUACAGGCCGAAGCCAAACAGGCUACAGCCGACGGUCGAUCCCAGGAGACUGCGAUAAAUAUCCCAUCACCCCCAUCAUUUGCGAAUGCAUCAGAACCACACUGGGAGCUCCAGACUUCGGGGAAGCCUCAAGGGAGGUACUUUGUAUGA